AUGCAGGUUAUUUCCAUUUCGAUACGAAAAGCAAGAGCCGGAAUGCGAAAGAACAUAGUUAUGGUGUUGUUUCCCCGGCGAGACUGGCGAGAGUCAAGAGAAGGGGCGAGGGCGAGAUCAAAGCCACCUCAGCAUUCUCGUCAUAACUUCUUUUUUUUUUUGGAGGUAGGCCACCUGCGGAGCAAAAACCUUUUAGAUAAUUUUUUCUUUUCCUUUGUCAAAAAGAGAAAAUGGAAUUGUCGUAAGAGAAGGCAAAAUAAGAAGAACUACUGCGCAAUAUAUAUUUUCCCCUCCAUUCAGCUCCGUCGUUUUGUUGUCGUCGUCGUUUGCACUUUCGACGUGCAGCGUAUAGGAGAUGACAGCCUCACAAGAGAGACAGAAUUGAAGUGA